UGAGUGUUCAGUUGAACUCGAGGAUUGUGGCGGAUCAGAAUGUUACCACGGUACGAUCCAGAGGCUCGGAUCUGGUAUGGUCCUCAAACGGAGGCAGAUGUUGAAACGGGUGCAGGUUUUGGUCAGAUUUUGUUUGAAAAGUUAAAGCUCAAUCCAGAGCAUGUGGUGCAAAUCGACGGAGAUAGUGGAAAUGAAAUGACACGUGCGGACAUGUUGAUGAGAGCUAUAAGAGUGAUCCAAAAUCUUCAAGAUGAAGGAUUUAAUAAAUGUGACAUGGUAACUUUGGCAUGUGCAAAUAGCGAAAAUUUGGGCCCCUUAGUUGUGGGUUUGCUUUUUGGUGGAUUGCCCUUCAACGCCCUGGCGGCAAACUACUCGGUAGAUGAUAUGGCUCACAUGAUGAAAAUAACGGAACCAGCCCUCGUAUUUUGUGAUGAUAGCAACUACGACGUCGUCCGAAAGGCAAUUGAUAUCGCCUCAAUCAAACAACCGAAAGUGUAUGUUUUCGAGAGCGAUAGAGCUGGUAUCAACAAUGUCGAAACGCUACUGAAGCAAACGAAUCGUGAGACUGAGUUUCGCCCUGUACAAAUAAUUGAUCCACUCCAUGAAAUAGCAAACAUCACGUGUACAUCUGGUACAACGGGACCUAUGAAAGGGGUCUCAGUAUCUCAUGCUCGCUACAUUAGUGGACUAUCGAAAGCAAAUUUGCCAAACAGUUUGCAAACAAUGUUUACAUUCAGCUCACUAUUCUGGGCGUCCGGCGUUUAUUGCUUCUUCGCAUCCAUCAUUAACGACAUACCAAAACUGAUAACGCGCACGGCCUUCAACGAAGAUGUCUUCUUCAACCUGAUGCAAAAAUAUAGCUUAAGCUGUAUUUUCACUCCACCAUCAUAUGCAAACCUGCUGCUCAAUCAUCCGAGAGCAAAAUCAGCCGAUUGGAGUAACGUUCAGCUGUGGUGGCUUGGAGGAAGCAACGUUCGGGAUCAGCUUCGAGAUGCCAUCGAUGAGCUGCUUCCAAGGGGACGAUCUUUUAAUAUUUUUGCCAACUCGGAGCUGGGAACGAUUGCUAUCGAUCUCAUCAAACGUAAACCGAAAGCAGCAGGUCAAAUUGCGGAAAAUAUUUGUGCAAAAAUUGUAGACGAUCAAGGAAGUCUCUUGAAGAAUGGGGAAAUCGGAGAGCUUGUCACUAAGCAUUGUUAUCCAUUUUCUGGGUACUACAAAAAUCCUGAGGCUAAUGCUGAGGCAAUAGAUGGAGAGGAAUGGCUUCGAACCGGGGAUUUGGCGUUUAUUGACGAUGAAGGCUUCCUCUUUCCCGUGGACCGGGGGAAAGAAAUUCUCAAAUAUAGAAAUUAUCAAAUUCCUCCAGGCGAUUUGGAGCACAUUAUUGCUGGGAUAGACGGAGUGAAGGAAGUUUGUGUGAUAGGACUGCCUGACAUCGAUGAGUCAUCUGAUUUGGCUGCAGCAGUUGUAGUUAAGAAGUCUGGAAGUAAGCUGACUGGACCCGAACUGGUUGAAAUUGUAAACGGUCAGGUGGUUGAUUACAAGAAACUACGAGGGGGAGUGUUUUUCGUUGAUCAAUUGCCGCUUUCACCUGCCGGAAAGGUGCUCAGAAGGAAACUAAAGGAAAUCAUUAUGAAAAGAAUUUCUCGUGAAUGAAGUUUGCUAGAUUACGAUUUUGGAUUUUUAUGUUCCAUGAAUCAUAUAAGACACAAUUUUUUUUCCGGGAAUUAAACACUACGGUAUUUUUUUACCAAGAUUUAAGACACCGAUAGUUUGGCCUUUCUGAAAACUGAACGGAGCAGUCCGAAUUGCAGGUACUUAUAUUUUAGGCCUGAACCAAUAUAAAAUUAUUUUUGUGUCUCCCAGUCCCAUCCCUUCGAUUUUCCCUGGAAAUCCCAGAGAGAGUAUUUAAUAAAUAAAGUUUAAGGUAUUCUAUUGAAAAAUUUGAUAAAUUUUUCAAAAGUUAAACCUUUGAAAGAGUGUUGACUGUCGCUGUAGAAGAGAGGAGUUGUAUCAGAUUCUGUAUCCGAGAAUUUUUUCAACUUUUCGAUCGUUAAUAACUUGAUUUUCCAAUAUCGCAAUAAAUAUUGUAUACAAGUUUGUUGCAUACAAAAUUUAUUUAAUUUUUUCAAACUUAUUGGAAAUUUGGAUUAUUUUUUAUAUACCAAUCCCCCCAACGUGAAAUUUUUCCAAUCUUAUUUGUUUUGGACAUAAUUUAAUAAGUCCUUAGCGUUACGGGUUCAUUUCUGUUGAUUGUUCAUUAGACUGUUCAUAAUCGACCAAAAAUAGUAUCAAUAGUAGUUCCUUCUGGGUUCAAAAACAACUUUGCCAAUUCUGGUUGCUCUAUGCAUUAAAAUGGGCUGUAGCAAAAAUUUCAAAUUUUAAUGCAGCUUCGGGCUUACUCUUUGCCAAAAAUUUGUUAUGUGGGGUUUCAAGUGACCAAGUUAGCUUAGUUUUUGUAUAGAUUUCACUACAGAAAUCGCGUUAUAAUAUCUCGAGACGUCCUACAAUAAACAUGUCAAACCAAUAUCAAAGGUUUUAUUUAACGCCGGAAACCCUGCAGCUACAAUGUGCAUCGCGCCAAAGAUGACAUGAUCAACUUUGUGAAUACUGGCAUAAAGAUUCUAGCUCUUGAGCGAAACGAUGCAACCUCUACAUACAAAUACUAAAGCAAAUCAAGAAUACCAUUUUCAGGCAUUUCUAUCUUAUUAGACAUCUCAAAAAACAAGAAAUAAAAAAAAAUGCCGACGGGAGAGUGAGCAUCGAACUCAAACCAACUGUCAUAACUUGUCUUGUCAAUUGUACCACUUGGUUAUGUGUUCUACUUUGAUCAGUUGGAGCACGAGGCUUUAAUGUCAUGAAUAUUCCCAAAAAAGCCCUCGGUCGAUUCAUUCGAUAUUUUUUACACUCAUUUUCUAGUGUUUGGGUAGAUCGUUUUUUUUUCAUUCUGGGACAAACGAGAAAAUGUUUUUUUUGCCUUGCAGUUUUUUUUUCUACUACGGGCAUACAUACACACGCUCAGCCCCGGUCAUUUAAUUCAAGGAUAUCUUCUCUGGCUGCCUUUCACUAGUACGGUGAUUGUUUCACCUCUUAUUUGUCUUGAGAAUGGAUAUUGAGUAACGAGAAAAUGUUUUAUUUGGUAUCUUUCAGACAAUGUGGUUGCGCUGGGAGAAUAAUGCCAGCGGUCCCAAAGCUGGUUAAUGCCAAUUCGGCAUAGCAUUUUGUGCCAAUUUUUCAAAACCCCAAGGAUGUCAUGAUUUUGACCAUAUUGUUCAUAUUGAAUCGAAUUUUAUGUUUAUUUUGUAUGGGGGUUCCUUCUUUCAAAAAUGGAAAACAUUAUUGAUAUAGCAAUAAAACAUCAAGUUAUGCACGUUAACUUGCAUGUGUUCCUAAUUUCAUGAAUAUCAUACGAUAUUUUUUUUUGAGUUUUGACAUCAAGAUAUUAGUCCUACAGCAAGCAGCUAAUGAUUCAAAUGCGAGAUCAUUUUUUUUCAAAAUUCGAGCUGAAAUUCAAAGUGUUAUAAAAUCGGGCAUCUUAUUUCAUGUCAUUCGUCCGAAGGCCAAAAGAUGUUGUUCCGAAUUGGACAAUACGCUGGAUGGGACGAUUGGCCGAAUGUUCUUUGGCUGAAUUAUCAUCAGGCCGAUGGACGAAAAGCGGAAUGGAAAGGCCAGAUGAUCGCUAAGCUAAAUGGUCAUAAGGCAGAGAGGCUAUCAAGGCGAAAUUGAUAAAAUGUUGAAUAAAUGCUCGGACGAAUAGAUGCUAGGCCGAAUGAUUGCUAGGCCGAAGGGCUACAAAGUCGAAUGGUCAUCAGUCCAAAUGGAAGGAAAGCCGAAUAUUGUAAGACUAAAUGAAAAGUAGGCCGAUUGGUGGUAAUGCCGAUCGUUCUUUAGGUCAAAUGGUCGUAAGUCCAAAAGGAUAGUUAGCUAAAUGGACUUUGUCCAAUGGACGAAUGGCCCAAUGAUCAUCAGGCAGAUUAGACCUAAGGCCGAAUAAAUACUUUGGUGAAUAAACGUUAGUCCGAAUAGAUAGAAUGGAACCUUCGGCCAAAAACCGUACGUUCGAUUCAUCUUCGUAAAAACGGCCCAUUGUAUUUUUCGACCAAAAAUCAAUAUGGCUAUCCAACCUUUAACCAAAUAUAUUUCUACCUGACGGCCUUCGACCGAAUCUCCGAUCCUCGUAUCACAGAUGUCUAAUCGGCCUCUCAACCAUUCGGCCAAAGGACUAUUUCGCUUGUAUUCACUCAGUCAUAAAGCCUUUCUUCAAAUUUUCUUUUAUCCUUUCGGCCCAGUGUUUAGUCGGCCUAAUAUUCAUUUGUCCUAAUGACUAUUAGACAUAGUGGCCAUUUAGCCUAACAUGCAGAUAAGCUUUAAGAUAGGCGUAGUAUCCUUUUGGCCUUGCGACUUUUUUUUUAAAACAACAAUUCGACCUACCGUUGAUUUGCUUCAACAGCUAACCGGAUUAGCACGGAGAAAAAAGACGAAAAUUUUUCCAAUUAUUUCAGCUAGUGAUACCAAUCAGUAAAGUGUAGUUGAUUUUUUCGAAUUCAACUACAAAUAUAAUAGACUCGACUACAAACUGCUGAGUGACCUUACGCAUUCAACUAUGAAUAUAAUGGAUUCAACUUUAAUUGUAUAAUUGGUUCAACUGUAACUACGACAGAUUCAACUACAGUUAUAUGCUUGAUUUUAGGCAUACAACUAUAAAUAUUUUAGAUGUUUUAUUUGAGGAAUUCAACUAUGAAUAUAACAGAUUCAACUAUAAAUUUCUGGAUGACCUGUGCACAUUUCAAUGAAAAUAUAAUAGGUUCAACUUGAUUGGUAUAGUUAAAUAAUAUGAUUGUAAAUAUGAUAGAUUCAACUAAAAAUGUAUGAUAUUGAAUGUCAUUGAAUUAUAAACAUGCUGAAUCGAACUAUAUAUCUACGAUAGAUUGUGAGAGAUUGGACAUAUUUUCUCCAAUGAACUAUAUUCCAGCAAAACAUUGAGUAUUUUCAGGUAUGCGUAUAGUAAGUUUCAACAGCGGAAAAAAGCAAAAAACGACGAUAUGAAUCGGCAGAUACAAUUGAAGAAUUGGCAAAGAUUAAAUCUAUCAAUAACUUGACUUUUAA